AGGGGAAAAAAAGAGAAAAGUUGCACGGUGACGCGCACAGAGAGUUGCGGAGCGUGUGCGCCUCUACUUGAGUCCUGAAGGGCAAAUAAGGGAGACGACCUUAACCGGGUGCACUUAUCUGAGUCUCAUUUCAAAUCCUUGUGUGCAUUCGUACAGUGUAGCCUGUCGCGCAUCAUAGAAAUAUAAGGUGCCGUGUUUGUCAAAGCAAACGUCAUCGUGGGUUUUUGGUGGGCAUGAUAUCACUGGUGACCUACAGUAUCACGGGAUGCGCCGCGCAAAGCGGGUCUAACAUGCCAGACGGGAGAGACAUGGACCUUCGGGAGGCACGCAUCAUCGUUUAUUGAGGAUAUACGUGUGUAUUAUUGGAUAUCUAUUUCCUUGGAUCAUAAGGACGUACUGUGACAAGACCGCCAGGAAGGAACCGGUGUAAAUAAAAUGCGCGUGAUUACACCGGCGCACGCAAACUAUUCUCAGAUUUAUUGGGAUUUAUUUUAAAUGCUUACUACAGGCUGAUUUGAAUACUUAACGUGGCAAUUUUUCAUCUGCUUCUAAAACUUUAUUUAUUUAAUUGAAUCUUGGGUUUUGUAUGUUCCGGUGAACCAUGACAUGGACGACGAUUGCGCUGUUUUUUGAGAAUCUGCUAAGUAAAUUGUCACUGUUUGCGUGUUUGGAUUUGGUCGAUUUUAAAGUUGGGAAUAAUCAUUCAUAGAGAAAUAACAGCUGGACUGGUUAUAUCAUUUACUAUACAACUAUUUCAGACUUUUCUCGGUGAACUCAAACAAUGGGGAUCAACCUGCGAGUUCUUCUGGGAAUGUUUCAAGUCGUUUCUCUCACUAGAAUCCCCACACACUGUGCCAAGACUCCGUCAGACCACUGGAUCCCAACAGAAAGUCACAGAUCGGGAGAAGUGGUGAGGUGGUUGGAUGUCUAUCAGAAAAGCGGCUGUCAUCCCAGAGAGAUGCUGGUGGAGGUUUGGCAGGAGUUUUCGUGGGAGACGCAUCACCUUUUUUUGCCGUCAUGUGUAACACUGCGCCGCUGUGGAGGCUGUUGCUCAGACGAAGCACUGGAGUGUGUGCCGUCAAAGACACACACAAUCGUCAUGGAGCUUAUGAGGACCUCCUAUAUGAAGCAUGAACUGGUGCAGCUGCCCUUCACAGAACACAGCCAGUGUGAGUGCAGGCUAAAAGAAAACUUUUAUGCAGCGCCAACCAGAGAAGGUCCACAGACCACGAGACGAGGAAGAAAGCGUCAAAGAGGAAAACCAAAGCGAAAGAAACACAUGGAGAAAAAGCAAAUGACACCUGUGCCAACUACACCCCCUCCUCCUCCACCUCCCACCCUCCCGCCAAGCUCCGCCCCUACACCACCUGUCAGAGAGGCGUGUCCGCCGUGCCCUUCCCGCAGGAUGACAUCACAGCCUCCCUCAUGUGAGUGCAGGUGCAGCUUAAGGGAGGUGAGCUGCACAAAGAGAGGAAAGACACUGAACCAGCACAGCUGCCGAUGUGAGACCCAAAGGGAAUAAUGAAAUUAAACCUCCCUCAUAAUCCACCUUUCAAACAUUGCACAGCUUCGAUGAGGUCAAGGUUCGCUUAUUCUUUUAUCACUCAGUCUAAAGUUUGGGUCUUGCCCAGAAUAAAGGUUUGUGGGAAUAAACCACAAACCCUCCCCCGGGCACCGGGCACUCGGGCCCUGUCCUACACACUUUUGUGGCAGUAUUCGUUACAUAUACACAGCUCUGUUCCCAAAGGGUUUUUCGUACAAAAUACAUCACAUUGUUUGAAAUUGUUGUGCUGUAAAAAAUUUCCCACAACAGUCAAUCCAAAUGUCUUUUCUGCUACAUUCUGAUGAAAAUUCAAAACCUAUCAAGACUGUAGGGCGGACGCAAACGCUGUUUGAGCACAGCGAGUGACGCUUAUCACCGGAAAAGGGGAAUAUUUAGCAAUCGGGAGGUGAACUUUGGCUGUCAAGUGAGCUUUAUCCAAAACUUUCUGUGUCAAGAUGGACCGUCCUCUGGUAUUUUCAGCCUCCUGGGAUGAAUGAAUCAACACAGGCACGGACACACUGCUAGUGUGAUGCUAAUAAGGAUGAGUACACUGAGGACAAAGAGGAAAAGGAAGGAGUUUUUAAAUAAACUACUCAAGUGGAGUGUUUUUGAGAGGAUGGAUGUUAACAAACCUUUAACGUCGAGAGAACUUAAGUAUCACGAAAAAAUUCCAGACGUCUCAUCCGCAUGUGCCAACUGGAUGGAUGAGCGAUUAGACGGAUGGACAAGUGUCUGUGUGGUCUCAGUAGGGAAUAAUGAGGAUCUGUGCGUCUGUCCUAAUUUAUUCCUGGCCUCUAUAAGUCCAUAAUGUGGCUUCACAGACUGUAUCAAUGAGUCUUUUUUGUGUUUGUUUGAUUUGCUUUUUGUCCGACUCCUUCCUUUUGGGAUUUGAGAGCUUUCCCACUGGCCAAUAGUAUAGAAACCUGGCGAUAUUCCAUUGGUGCUCACACGCACGCACACACACGCACACUUUCUCUCUCUCUUUCUCUUACAUCCUCAAUCACACUCUUUUGCAUUAUUUUCUCUCUUUAUCCCUUUCCCACAUUUGUCUCUUUUUCACUCCGUCUCUUUCGCUCUCUCCUUCACACACACAAACAAAUGCAAACAGGUAAAUAUAAGCUUUCCGGUGUUGAUAUUGAAAGAAGAAUAUGUUUUUUGUAAAGAAUACUAAUGUUAUUAUAGUCCAUUAUAGUACACUUAAAGAAUGUCGUCUUUAUCUCUGCUAUUUUCACCUAUUAAAGCAGGCACUGGCAUACUCACAGUUUCGACUGUGCAUGUGCUCUCAGAGCCCUCGGCAGGCUUCAAAAAAGGGAAAUACACACUUUUUGCGUGUUAGGGCGGUCUUAACCAUCUCACGUUGUUGGGAGUAUGACGUAUUUAUUUUUUAUAUUGAAUUGCAUUUUAUAUUAUGCUUUGUGAUGUUUCGUCUGUGUCUUUCAGAGACUUUUAUUUUGCUACAACUGUGAUGAUUUGAGAUUACUUAGUAUUUUGCCUGGAUUCUUUAGAGACGGACAGCUUGGAUGAAGCUAUCGCAUCCACGUUGAACACCAUGAGUAUCAGUGAACCUGCUGGUGGUUAAGCAACUCUUUCCAUGUUAUGUGUAGCAUUACUGUGACCACAAAACCAAUCAUAAGGGUCAGUUUUUAAAUAAAUAAGCUUUCCAUUGAUGUAUGGUUUGUUAGGGGUUGUGCACACCAAAACUUUUAAAUGCGGCUGAAACGCCUGGAGGACAUCGUCGGCCAGAUGUUUCCUCAGCCAAGCACUUUGGUAGCUGUGAUCAUAGAUAUGUAUAAAGACAAGAUGUGUUACGGUGGAGUCUCUAACGUCAUCAACUGGCGGCCAUCUUACCACAGGCAGCUUGCUCACUCGUAGCAUUGAGUUUUAAUGGUGCAGGUACUUUUAAAUGACUUUAACUUGCUCAAUUUUACCAAUUUUCCAACGGUUUGGUUCUUACAAACUCUAUUAACGUGGCUAUAAUUCUGGAUACUUUAACAUGUUUUAUGAAAUUUUGUAUAAGUAUGCAGUGUCAUAAGUACAUCUUUGACGUUUAUAACAAACCAAACCGUUUGAUAAUCGGUAGAAAAUUGAGCAAGUUAUGGUCAUUUAAAAGUACCUGCAUCAUUAAAACUUACUACUGCCUGUAGUAAGAUGGCUGCCAAAUGCAGACGUUCCACUCGAUUGGCCAGCAGCGUGGGCAAGACAUCUAGCCUUUAUACAUAUCUAUGGCUGUGAUAUUUGAGCUGUGAGCCGUUUGGUUGUUGUGAUACUUUUCCCGCCCCUCCUCCACUGUGAUUGGACAGCUGUGUAAGAACUGACAUUGACGAACGGAGCUUUUCACCCAAAGUUGAAUAUUUUUCAACUCUUGGCGCUCAGCACUGAGCGCAGAAAAAUGCUGAGUGCCGGUUUUCAGCAGGGAAGAAAAUCGCAAGCUGCUGUUUUUUUUUUUUUUUUUGAAAAACGCAGAUCUUCCAUUGGAAACAAUAAUUUAAAAAAAAAGGCGGCCGCAGGCAAAGCUUUGGUGUGCACGCCCCCUAAUUAUUUUUGGCAUAAAGGAAAAAAUCCUAAUUUUGACCAAUACAAUGUAUUGUUGGCUAUUGAUACAAAUAUGCCAUGUGACACUGGUUUUGUGGUCCAGGGUCACAUAAGGAUGUCUACGUGUCUACAAGUGACUAAAGGAUUGUUGAUUCCUUAGACUACGUGUUAGGCAAUUACAAGCAAUACUGUAAACAACAACCUGGGUUGUAAAAAAUUUUUGGGUUGAAACAACCCAGCAUAGGUUAAAGAAACAGUGUGUAAGAAAUGUUUAUCAAUUAAUCAUAAAACGGCCCUAAUAUGUCACUAGACAUUAAGAAAUAAUUUUCAUUUCAAAUACUUAUAUCACUGACAACAGUGGUCUGGCCAGGAUAUUGUCAUUUAAAAAGUGGAGUUGCAGCCCUCAACUGAUGUUUAUGUUGUCAUGUUGUGUAUUGGCCACCGGUUGUGAGAUUGCAGUACCAGUUUUAGCCACAAGUUUUGUGAUUGCAGUACCAGCUUUGACCACAAUCCUACAUACUGUUCCUUUAAAUUACAACUUAAGUUCUUGACCCUCAACCAUGGGUUAAAAAUAACCCAGCAUUUUUGAAGUGUAUAAAGAUCAAUACCACCCUGGGCUGUUCAGUUGAUACACUGUAAAAAAUUCUUUGCUGCCUUAAAUUUUUUUGUUGAAUCAACUCAAGUCAGGUCAGCUUACUAUUUAUCUUGACAAGAGAUGAGUUGCAACAACAAAGUUUACUUCUUUUAACUACAUUUUAUAAGUUUAAACAACUCAUCUCUAGUCAAGAUAAAUAAUCGUGAAUUAAAAUGACUUGAGCUGAUCUGAGUUGAUUCAUACCGAGCCCCUAAGGUGACAUAGAGUAAAAAAAUCUAAAGUUUAGUUUCAUGUGCUCACGCGAAACCUUCAUGUGCAGAAUUUUUUUAAAGCUUUGUUUUGCGUGUCCACGUGAAACUUUCUUGUGUGCACGUGAAACUUUUUCUUUCACGUGCGCACGCGAAACUUAACUUUAUCUAAUUUUUUCUUCAUGUCCCCUUAGGGGCUCUGUAGAUUCAACUAAAAAUUUUAAGGCAGUAAAUCAUUUUUUACAGUCUUAAAGUGUUCCCAAACUACUGACCUGUGUGUUUCCCUAAACAUGGAUUUCAUGGAGUUCAACGAGCAAAGUGUAGCAUUGAACCUGAUUUUAUUAAUUGGGAAAUGAUUGAAUCAUGAAAAGCAUUUUACACCACACUGUAAAAGAAAAUGCAGUAACUUCGUUUUUAAAAGUCAAUUUUAAGUUUUAAGUUUUGACCUGUGAAUGAUUGACAUAACUUAUAAAAACUAGUUAAAGCUGUUUAACUUUUUUUCUUAAGUUCAAAUAUAAAAAUAUAUGUUAAUUUGACAAAAAUGCUGCAUUUUGUUUACAGUGCAGAGCUGAACCAGAGAUAUAUGUGAUUUUUACUGAAAUAGCUGGUUGGUUAACAUCUGACACAGCCUAGGACGGUGAUGUCAUCAAAAAUGUUGUUUUGAGGUUGUGCAAGUUAUUACAUUUUGACAAGAGAUUAAAUUUUCAGCCAUGAAUUGGGGAAACGUGGGUUCAGAAAGCUAAUAGGGUGAAUUUUGGAUUCUGGUUAAUGUUGGGUGGGUUUAUACACGAUGGCUUUAUCGCUGCUGUUAAAUGUUCUGUGUGAAAUUCUGUGCUAUAAACGUAGCAUUCUCUCUCGACAGUACCAUGUAUCAACUACCUCUGUGUCCGUACAGUUAAUGUAUAAGAACUAUCAUAGAAUAUAUAUAUAUAUACAUGCAUACGAUAUGAAUGUAACUACAAAAAGUCAGUGUUUCCAGUCUUUUCCGUGUAAAACUCAUUCCUGCCUCCUGUCGCUUUGUUUGGAUAAUUUGUGUGUAGAAAUGUAUCUGUCAUAUGUAUUCAGAUAUAACAGGGCCGAACAGAACCCGAUAUAUACCAUAAUCUAUACACAAUAUAAGCUUUGAGUGUUUGUUAAUAACAUAAUGAUUAAUGGUUAUUGCUGCUAUUCCAUCUGUGCCCAAAAUUCCUGUGUGUGUAAAAGAUUUGUUACAGAGAGACAUAACCUUCCCUGCUUUAUGUCUUCAAUGUGUAUAAAUGCAAACGUAGGUCUUAUCACACACGUACAGUAUAUAAAAAACACAACAGCCAUAAAGCAAUGUGCUAUAUAUUAAUAUAAAUAAAGUGAAAUGACUUAU